GGUUUCUACAGAUAUAAAUAAGCUUGUUACUUUCGAACAUCGCUGCCUUCACGGCUUACCUCAUAUCUGGUGGGAGCACCGCGUGAGCAAUGAACGUGUUGGACAUCAUGUAUUUGAUGCAGGAAAGAACAAAAGAACCGCUAAGCACCGUUAUUUCACGCACCAGGCACAGUUGGCUAAGCCGUGUUACGCAUGCCAGGACACAGAAUUCCGCGACGUGGGUUGUUUGCACGCCGGAGAUAUGGUUAGAAGAAGAGGGUAGGCCAAGCAAUGAUAGCGUCGUACUGGGGACCGAAGGAGAAUGAACACGUUUAGUUGGAUACACUAGUUGACGUUCUUUGUGCUGUGAGUUUCUUUGUCCUUCUCUAUCCCACUUAUCCUCAUCCCCGACCGAGAUCUCAUUGUUGAAGCAUACCAUGUUACUAAGCGGUCACCUUUUUGUAUUCUAUAUUCUCUCAUUUUGCAUAUAUUUUAUCCUUUUG